AUGUCACCACCCAAGGAGCCUUCCUCGGUUUCAACGUAUGCUCUGGCGAGUGCGUUAUUCACCACAGCAUGUGUUGGAUUCGCCAUUAUUCCUUGCUAUGCUUACCAUAUGAAAGAUGCAGUCCUCGUCCCCAGACUUAUGGUCGGAGCUGUGGUUUCUCAAGGAGUUACUAUGGACAUGCGAGCCGCGUCUACGUUCUGUCUUAAAGGCGUCAUCACCCUCUGCUUUGCAUUCGGCUUCGGUGAAAUCAUGUACCAAAUCGUCUUAGCUGUUUGCCAGUGCUUGAAUGCUGAAUACUCCCGUAUUUGGGCCACAGUGGUUACUUAUCCCUUCAGCCUUCUCUUCGCAUUGGGUACGCCAACGUCACGAUGCAAACUUGGAGAUUAUAUCAUGCCCAACGUUGCCUCGGCUUUCGUGUACAUUCCUACUUCACUUUACUUUGAAGAACCAGCCAAGGAGACUCUAGUUGCCUUCGUUAUGGCCAUAUAUGCAUUUUGCCUACCUCUGGUGCUGCUGGCUAUUCUCAAGGUCUUCGGUUUGCUUAUUACCCCUGGUCCGCCGGCUAAGAUGAGGUUUGCUUACGAGGCCGCUAGGUUCAACGGAAUUUUGACUGAUUACUUCGUCAGUGGAGGCACGCACAGAAAGCUCCUGGAUGCUGCUGAGAAACGCUUCAGUGGUAUCUGUGUGAAUCUUGCUAGAAGUCCCCUGCCCCCGGAUGUCGCUACUAUUCUCUUCCACAUGUCGGGAGAGCUUUUCGCCCUUCAUGAGAGUCUCACUGAGAUGGGCGACUUUGAACCAGCUGUGGUAGACCAGUUGUGGAAACCCAUCGCUGGUGACCUUCUGGAGCUAAGAACUGAAGUCGAUUUGGUGUUGUCGCGGACGGCUGAGGGCAAUACUGAUGAUGAUAACGGCAAGCUUAAGCAGAAGCUAGGCGACUGUGAGGGCAGUCUGCUGAGGUCCUUGGAAGACGUCGGAAUGGUUGUGGCCAAAAGUGGUAUAGAAAACGGCCCGUCUACCCCUGAGGUCAUCCGAUUUCACUAUGCUAUGGGCUCGCUGGUGUAUUUCGCGUACCUUGUGGAGAAGUACAGAGAAGUCGUCGUGAAGGAGGGACAGAAGGCUUAUGAGGGCGACAACGAGGUUCGUUCUUACGUACGUCCAUUUAUUAGUUUUGGGCGCGCUCUUGCUGGAUGGUGGGAAAAACCAUUCUUCGCUGACCUCGAGGACAAGGCUGACUUGCGUCGUCGGUUGAAGUUCCCAAUACGUUACAGUAUCGCGCUCUUCUGUGUGGUACUGCCGUUGUCAGCUUGGGCGACAUACAGCGAAAAUGUUAGAAUGCAUGCUUUCUGGUCGGUAGUGCCCAUCUAUAUGUGUUUCCUGCCGACCCCGGGAGCAUCUUUGCUCAAGGGAACGCGACGUGCGAUUGGUACCGUACUGGGCGCGGUGUGUUCACUUAUAUGUAUCGCUGCCAAUCCUGGAGACAAGGCCGCGUUUCUGCUGGAGCUGCUGAUCUUCAGCUUCGUUGGUAGACUGGGUCGUGUCGCGGUACCUUGGGUCGACUACGCUGGUUUGUCUUCCCUCUGA